CUAUUCUCGGCCUUCAAGCAGAGCCGCGAGGUGAACAGCACCGAGUGGGACAGCAAGAUGGCUUUCUGGGUCGGGCUGGUGCUGGCCCGCGGGCGGCGGAGCGGCGCGGUGAGGACGUGCCUGAGGGAGCUGCAGAACGGCUUCGAGCGGCGGGGCAGCGUCCCCUUGGGGCUGGGCACCGUCCUCAGGGAGCUGCUGAGACGUGGGAAGCUCCAGAGGGAGUCAGACUUCAUGGCCAGUGUAGACAGCAGCUGGAUCUCCUGGGGUGUGGGAGUUUUCAUCCUGAAGCCUCUCAAGUGGACCCUCUCCAGCGUGCUGGGGGACAGCAAGAUCCCCGAGGAAGAGGAGGUUCUGAUUUACGUGGAGCUGCUUCAGGAGAAAGCAGAGGAAGUUUAUCGCCUGUACCAGAGCUCUGCCCUCUCCUCCCACCCCGUGGUGGCCCUGGCUGAGCUCCGCUCCCUCUGUGCUGGGCUCUGCCCUGAUGAAAGAACCUUCUACUUAUUGCUGCUGCAGCUGCAGAAGGAGAAGAGAGUCACCAUCCUGGAGCAGAAUGGAGAGAAGAUUGUGAAGUUUGCCAGGGGCCUCCAUGCCAAGGUGUCCCCGAUGAACGACGUGGACAUUGGAGUUUAUCAGCUGAUGCAGAGUGAGCAGCUGCUGUCACAGAAGGUGGAGUCCCUUGCCCAGGAAGCAGAGAAGUGUAAAGAGGAUGCCAGGAGUGCUUGCAGGGCUGGGAAGAAGCAGCUGGCCCUGAGGUGCCUCAAGUCCAAGCGGAGGACGGAGCGGCGAAUCGCGGAGCUGCACUCCAAGCUGGACGCGGUGCAGGGAAUCCUGGAUCGGAUCUACGCCUCCCAGACCGACCAGAUGGUGUUCAAUGCCUACCAGGCUGGAGUGGGAGCUCUGAAGCUUUCCAUGAAGGAUGUGACAGUGGAGAGGGCAGAGAACCUGGUGGAUCAGAUCCAAGAGCUUUGUGACACUCAAGAUGAAGUGGCCCAGACUCUGGCUGGAGUGGGGGUCAAUGGUCUGGCAGAGUUGGACUCUGAGGAGCUGGAGAAGGAGCUGGACAGUCUCCUGCAGGACUCCAGCAAGGAUUCCCUGGAUCUGCCUCCCGUUCCCCAGAAGGUGCUGAGUGCCCCCAUGUCAGAUGCUGAGCUGGAGGCUGAGCUGGAGCAGCUCUCUGUGUCUGCUGGAGAUCUGGCACAAAAGACUCCCUCUGCUUCUUCUGAACCCAAAACAGCUCUGGGACUGAAUCUCUGAAGAGCCAACAGAAUUCCUGUUGCUGCAGUUUGGGAAGUUGUCUCAAUGUUCCUUAACUCAUGACCAGAACUUCCAAGGAGAAGGGGACACCCCCCUGUCCUUCUGGAUCUGUCUCUGCUCAGCAGCAGGAGCUCCUGCCAUGACAAUCCACUCUGGACCUGGCCCCAGCUGGUUUUUGUCAUCUCUGUGCCAACAUCUGCACUGGUCACAUCUGACUUGUGACCCCAAGUCACUGCCACAUCCUGGGAACACAACUCCAGGGAAGAUAAAACUCUUCUGUGUCCAUAACAGUGCUCAGUUUUGGGUUUGAUUUUGAUUUCUCUUCCUUUGCUGUGGCUGGUGUUGAGAAUCUGAGUAGCAGCAACGUUGCAGUGGCUCAACAUUUGGCUGUUUGUGUGGUUGUUUUGAACACUUUGGCACUUCAGUUACACCUGGUGGUUGUGUGUCCCUCCCUCUGCAUCCUGCACUCACAGCCAGGCACUGGAACUGCUCAGCUUUAGGAGAUUUUGCAGCAAUGGCAAGCACAAGACAAAAGAAUCCCUCUGUCCGUAGUGACAUUAAAGCCUUAAAAGGGAGACCUGCAAAAGAUUCCCCCAGAGGAGUUUCUGGCUGUUGUGGCCAGGGUUGGGUGCUGGCACUUGAAAUUGGAGCUGGUGGCUAUUUUUGUGUCCUCCCUGCAAGCCAAACUCGUUGGCUCUGAGCUGCCACAGAGGGAUUUGGGCUGGGAGGAGAAGGGAUCCCUUGGGAGAGCACAGCUCCAGGGAACAGCUUUGCUUUCAGCCCUGGCACUGCCAUCCCACAGGAUUGUGUGUUCCCAAAAAACCCCAAACCCAGCCCCUGGGCAUGUUUUUGAUGCACAAAACCCCUGAGCACCACACCACAGCCAAACCCUCAUCUUUUGCAGGUCACUUUUUACCCCUGGUGUGCACAUGGAAACGUGGGAAGCCCAAAUCCCUGAAAAAUGGAGCUUCCAGGAGGGGAAUGUGCCCUUCCCUGGGAUUGCUGAGCGUGGCAGAGCAGUGCCUGGCUGCCUGGGCAUGGAUCAGCAGCCCUGUGCCCAAAUCCCU